CCCCUCAGCAGCCCGCUCCCUAUCUCCGCAGCAGUCAUGGCGUCGUCGUCGCGAGCCUCGUCGUCGUCGAUAGCAGCGGCGGCAAACCCGUCGUGCGAUCGCUGCCGGUCGCGCAAAGUGCGUUGUACGCCCCUCACCGAGGCCGAGCUCGUCGACGCGCGCAAGCGCGGCGUCGGGAACCGCUGCAAGGGCUGCUACAAGGCCGACAAGGAGUGCACCCACGACUAUGUGCACAAGAAGCCCGGGCGGCCAGUUGGGAGCGGCGGAUCGGGAGGUAGGACCUCGGCGAGGCGAGCUUCGCGCACCCCUGCUGCUGCGGCCGAGCGCACCGCGGUGCCCAGUACGACCACGACAACGACGCUGCUCGCACCCUCUGUCCUCCCAGACCUCGCGGUGGAUGACGCGCUGCUCCCCCAUGCAAAUGGCACUGGCCCAGCCGAGGGGUCCAUCUUUGGCUCGGCGCGAAACGCUCUGUACCCGACUUACAGUUUUACGCCGUUGUCAGCACCGCUGUUCGAGACGGCCGCGCCGUUAUCGAGCGUGCCGCUGCUGCCACCUGCGCAGAGCAGCCUCGACUACACAUCGGUUGGGACACCUCUUCUUCCGUCGACGACGCCGGCGUCCGACCCCCCCUCGGCACCACCACUCGAGCUCCCCCUCACCCCCACAGACACAGAGUACGAGAAGGGCCUGCGGCUCGAGGACGCGCUGUCAUGGACCGACGCGUCCUUCUUCUUCAAAAUGUACCUCACGUGCCAGCACUGCCUCGUGCCGCUGAUCCACAAGCCCACGUUCUCGCAAGACGUGCUCAAGCGCCGCGACCUGGAGGACGAGGCUUUCCGCGGCCUCCUGUACAGCAUCAUCGCGUUCACCAUCUGCCAGUGCCCGAUGAGCAACAUGACAGGCGCGUAUGAUCGCCCUCACCUCGUGGUAAUCCUCCACCGGUGCGUCAAGGCGGCCGAAGCCAUCCGCCACAGACAGCGCCUCAACCCCUCGCUGCCACUCAUCACGUCGACCAUCCUCGACUGGAUCACGGCGCAGGCAGUGGGCAAGCCGCAGGUCUGCGACCUGCUCGUUGCGGAGACUACCCGUCUCGCGCACGCACUGGGCCUCAACGAAUCGUCCCCCAGGCCAGGGUGCAACGUCGUCGAGGUCGAGCUCAGCCGGCGCAUUUACUGGACGAUUUACGCCAAGGACAAGACCGACGCCAUGUCCGGGCGCCCGAUCAUCCUGCACGAUUUCGAAGGCGUGCCGCCGUACCCGCUCGAAACAGACGACGAGUACAUCACGACCGAGGGUGCGCUAUCCCAGCCAAAGGGCAAGACAUCCACGCUCGUCGGCUACGUGGCGAUCAUGCGCGUAUUCCAGGUGCUCGCGCACACGAUCAACCGGCAGCGCGCUUGGGCGAACAAGUCGAGUCUGGACCCAGACGAGCAGCGCGACCCGUCGGCACUACGCCGCUGGAUCGGGACAGCGCAGGGCCGCCUGCGCGAGGUGAUUGACGGGCUGCCCCCUGCGCUGCGGCUGCGCUUUGGCGCGAGCGAGGUGGACAGCAAUGGCGAGGAAGUGCCCCAGCAGUACGGCGACUUUGGGAUCCAGCAGGCGAACAUCACCAUCACGGCGCUGUGUGCCGAGUUUGCCCUGCUCGACCUCCGCGCCUCCAUCUGCCCAGACGAGGACACGCGCCUCGAGAAGGAGGAGAUGGCGACCAAGGCGUAUGAGACGCUGUCGAGCAUCCCUGUGGAGCUGUUGGCGUCCAACGGCGAGAGCAUGCGCGGCAAGGUCCUCCGCAUCAUCCUCACACUGCUGAGCAUGACCACCGAGCCGGUCAACUUUAGCCAGAAUGCCUGGGAGUGGUGGAACAUUUACUCCAAGGUCCAGUUCCUCCAGGUAAUCCCAGACGACGCCAUGACGCUGCUCGACAACCACCAGGCGGCUAGCCAGGCUCAGCGAAGCCCAGUGUCGGCCAUGUCAUAGACAGGCGCUGUAUACUACUCUUAUUGUAAAACUCUACAGACGG